AAUCCGGUUUGAGCUAGUUUUUCUUCCAAUGGAACAUUAACGUCUCGCUGCGCCGUGUAACACUGUACUGGCACAGCUUUAUCCCGAAUAUACCACUGUAUUUUUCUCCUGUACUGACUUUUAUUUUGCUCGUUUUUCUUCUUUUUUUUAAAAAUACACCUCACACAAACCAACCAUGCCUAGAAGGAGCAAAGUGAGUAGACCGACAUCUUUCAUGCAUUCAGUAAUACAGCGUUAAUAACCCCCAACUGCACCGUGUUAAAUUGGCUCCUUACCGAGUCUGAGUUGUUCAAAUGUUGCCACAUUUAUCCGUUUUCCUCAUUAUGUUGAAUGUUAGCGCCGUGCAGCAGUGACUUUUACGUGUGUAUGUAGCGUCUGUUUUGAUUUUCUCAAGUGGUUGAUUCUUGGUCUUAUCUCUUCUCGUGCAGUGAUUAUCUUUGUGCCAAGUGCUUUUCCGUGUGCAUGGGGCUAAUUUACCGCAGGAUUAUGAUAUGCACGAAUGCAGUUGUGUUUUGAUGCACUUUAUUGCACUGUAGGACAAAGCGGGGUCGUUUUCUCGGUCGAUGGGGGCUUUUUUUCUGCAGAGAAAGUUGGCGGCAUAUUGAUUGUUUUCAAUGGGGGUCGUCACGCUGGAUACCAAAGUUUCUCUUGCAGAAAAAGGGGGACUGAAAAGGUUUUAGCGACGGUACCAAGUUAUUUUGCGGGAGUUCUGCUGUCGUGUUUAGAUCGUUGAUUCUGGGAUCACAUUUUUGACGGAAUUACGAGUUUAUUCACAUUUGGCUUAUAGAGCACUGUUAAAUGUAACAUGCAUGUGUUUUUAUUGGUGCAUAUUUGCUUUCGUUAUUCACGUGUUAUAGUGCUUUUCUUGAAAGGCGUUCGUCGAGUGUGCAUUCAGUGUAUUGUCGGCUCAGGCCACUCGCAGGUUAUGCAAUGGCGAGCCUCCGUCAGCAAAGCGCUGCUCUUGUUGCUGGGGGUUCUAGGAGAUUCUGCUACCAGAUCGACGGAGUCGCUGAGCAUCUCGGAGGGGCUCUUUUCAAAUAAAUGGCGGGAACACACACUGCUCGUUUUUUUCCCCUGUUCACUGGCAAUCCCAUAUAUUACCAAUGAAUGGUAGGAGUAGGAGGCGGAGUCCGCCCCCUCCUCCACUGGAGUGUUCACUCCCGGUAAAGAGUGUAUGAGCCCAUGGCGCUGUCAAAACUACGACAUGCGUAUGUAUUGUGCUUUCUUUACGGCUGAGCAGACGUGUUUCUUUAUUUUCAAGCCAAGUUAUCCCAAAAUAUCCGCUAUUUAAUUCGUUGCUAGGUAACGUGUGGUUAUGCUAAUUUCACUCUACGUAAACAUGCUGACUAACGAGAGUGGCUUUAUCAGACUGUGAUUAAUAUGCACCGAUAUUUGUUCAGGCUUUCAAGCUCCAUUGUGCCAGAUUUCGGAAGCCAAUCACAGUGCCUGCUCCUAACUAAAACAUGCAUGAAGCUACAUGUGCAGCCAUAGGCUAAUAUUUUGUAGGGAAACGCCCACUCCUGAGUUACAUAAUGCUGCUCUCAGCCCAUGCCCCUCUCCCCACCUCUAAAAACAUAUGCAAUGGCAUCAGCCCAUAUCUGAUUUUAUCCUUUUUUUUCCACAGAACGCCGCUGCAGGAGGUGAACCAGAGGUAAGUCUUUACAGAGAAAUCACUCCCGUUUCAGUUUAUGGCUUUUAAUAUAAAAGCAAAACAGCAAAACUAUUAGUGAACUCGUCCACCAGGGGUCAGCAUCAUGCUAAAGUUGAAAGUUCUAAGAAAUAAUCCUGUCUGUUCUUCUUUCACAGCCCAAGAGGAGAUCUGUCAGGUUGGAAAAUGUGAGUACAGACAAGUCCAGACUGUGUCAGACAAAACCAAGCUGUAGACUACAUUCUUCUCACUGGCAUGAUUUUUCUUUCUGUUUCAACAGAAACCUGCACCUACAAAGACUGAGGCCAAACCCAAGCCAAAGGUUAGGACUUGUUUUAAACCCAUUUUGAUGCUACAUAUUUCUUAGUCUGCUGACAAAAUGACUGAUAUGUCAAAUAUUUCUGUUCUUAGAAGGCACCCGCUAAGCCUAAGAAAGCCAAGGAGGUAGAGAAGGCCAAGCCUGAGGAGAAAGAGCCUGAGGCCCCUGCAGAGAAUGGGGAAGCCAAAGUUGAGGAAGAAGUAAGAGGCACAUAAUCGUAUGUAGACAUGUAGGAUCAAGGUUUAAUAGCAUGUUGAUGAAGCUGUAACACUCUGAAAUUUGUCUUCCAGGCACCAGCUACAGACGCAGCUGAUGAAAAAGAAGAAGAGGCGGCAGAAUAACAUCUCUCAAACCACGUCUUUUACCAGUGCUCCCUGUACCUCUUUUCUUGUACAAUUCAGGGGAAUAUUUUUAUCAACUAUUUUCUAAAUACAGGUUUUUUAGUAGUUUGAUUGUAGAGAACACUUUUUUUUAAUGAAAGAAAAAAGUCGAUUUGGAAACAGGAAUUUCAUCACAUCCCACAAUUUUGCAUCGCCAUAGAAAAUUGCGGUCAUUGUUGUUACUGUUGGUGGAUUUCAUUUCAGUUUUAAAUGUGAAGGAGGGGAGGGUGAGGGGCAGGUUACAGUGACAACACGCAAGCACCACGUUCACAGGAUUUGGGGAAACAACGGGAAGAAAUCAGCCUGCGUGGAUUACAUUCCAUAUGCUUUAUAAGGGACAGUGUAUGUAAUCUGUGCUGGGGUGGGGAUAGACGGAGUCACAGGGCAACUCAUUGUUUUUAUUGUUUAUGAUGAAGAACAGUGUUUUAGAAUGUUUGUAAGCUUUCUUCCUCUAUGUUAACUCUUGUACUCAUGCAGUUUUCUUAACAAAUCUGUUCAAUAAAAGCUAAAAUCGCUAGUACUGGAGCUCUCCCUAUCAGAACCGUGCAUUGCGUGUGUUGGUUGUGUCUCUGUUCUGUGAUAGCAUCGCAAUAAAUUUGUAUAGCUGCUGUGACAAGGAUUUUCAAUCUUUCUAUAUGCAGUGUGUCAUGGUACAAUUUAAGGAUGGUAAAAAUGGAAAUUGUUUUCUUAGCCAAGCUAAUACGGUGUAUAACCAUAAAAGAAAAAGAAAAAAACAUCUGUUGAGACUGGCUCCUGUAAGGGCCUGCAGACAAACUGUACAUUUAUUUGAGAUGUCAAAUGCAUACCAGCAGUAGCAAUAUUCAUGUGAGUUUUAGGUAUCUGUAUCAAGUACAAGUGUGCGGUUUAUUUUGAUUUGUUUAUAGGUGUACCUGUGUAAUGAUUGUUAUCAGAAAAAAAACAAUAAAACUCAGUUGGUAGUUGUUGC